AAAUAAAAAAAAGGAAAAAAAGAAUGAAAAUUUCAAGUCUUACAAAACCCUGGAUCAAUACAAGUCCUAUAAAACCCAACCAUACGAAGAUACAAUCCCCAUGCACAGUUCUGUUUUAAUGGCUCAUCCACAUUGCCCUGAGAUCGAUGACGCUGCCCCAAUGCAACACCAUAACUUGGUGGUUCCUUUAACGCUAACUUCUAUAGCAGAAAGCUUCGAGAAAAAAGGCCAUUCAUGGUUUGCCGUAUCUCAACUUCCAUCAGAUUUAACCGUAAAAGUUGAUGACAUCACAUUUUACGUUCACAAGUAUCCGCUGCUUUCAAGAUGCGCUUAUGUAGGACAGAUUGAUCUACAACCUUCAAUAUCAAACAAGGAUUACGAGCUGAAGUUACAAAACUUUCCAGGUGGAGCAGAAACGUUUGAAAUCGUCAUGAAAUUUUGCUACGGUCUUCCAGUAUCUUUAAACCCCAGAAACGCAGCUCCAUUAAGAUGUGCAGCGGAAUUCCUAGACAUGACUGAGGAAUUAGAAGACGGAAACCUUAUCUCUAAAACCGAAUCUUUCCUCACUUUGGUAGUGUUUUCUUCAUGGAAGGACUCAAUUACUGUCCUAAAGUCGUGUGAAAAUCUCUCUCCAUGGGCUGAAAAUCUCCAGAUUGUACGAAGAUGUUGUGAUUCAAUCGCUUGGGCUGCUGAAGGAAACUUUACGACAAUAGAAACUGCCAGUGAACAAAGCCGGUGGUUAAAUGAUGUUGCCACUCUCCGUAUUGAUAUUUUUUUGAAGAUUAUAACAUCAAUGACGCUGAAAGGACUUAGACCUGAUCUCCUAGGUUCAUGCAUCACGAUAUAUGCCGAAAAAUGGUUAAUAGGAACCGAUCAUGGAGACAUUGAACCAUCGAAAAGAUAUACCAACGGAAAAAAUGAGCGGCAAUGGAGUAUUCUGCCGGGUCGGAGUCCUGAAUUGGAAUUGGGACAGUAUCCAGAGCAACGAAGGAUCAUAGAGAGCCUGGUGAGCAUAUUACCACAUAAGAAAGACGCAAUUUCUUGCAAGUUUUUGUUGUGGAUGUUGAAAAUGGCUAUGGUUUAUUCAGUGUCACCGGCUUUUGUUUCCGAGCUUGAGAAAAGAAUCGGAAUGGUUCUGGAAAAUGCUAGUGUGUACGAUCUUCUGAUACCUGGAUAUACGACAGCAGGAGAACAAGGAAAGCAAGUAAUAUUGACCGCAGAGCAGACUUUAUACAACGUCGAUGCUGUGCGAAGGAUUUUGGAAUAUUACUUGAUGCAUGGACAGCAGCAGCAAACACAAAGUCAUCACAAAGCAAGUAUUAGUAAACUGUUGGAUAAUUACCUUGCGGAAAUAGCAGGAGACCCAAACCUUUCUGCCACCAAGUUUCAGGUGAUUGCUGAAUCAUUACCAGAUAAUGCUCGACUUUGUGACGAUGGACUCUACCGAGCAAUUGAUAUAUAUCUGAAGGCACAUCCUUCGCUCUCUGAACAUGACAGAAGAAGAUUAUGCAGGGCGAUGGAAUGUCAAAAGCUUUCAAUCGAUGCAUGCACACAUGCUGCACGAAAUGAUCGACUGCCUGUAAGAACAGUUAUGCAGGUAUUGCUUGCGGAGCAAUUAAAGCUGAGGGAAGAAAUGCACAAGAAGCAGUUAGCAGGAAACGUUGAUUCUUCACAGCAGGAAGAUAACUGUGCAUCUCCAAAAGAAGAAAUUAAAAUGCUCAAAUUAGAACAGGAAAAGAUGAUGGAUUUAAUUAAAGAACUUCAAACGGACUACACAAAUUUACAACAAGAUUGUGAAAAGAUGAGAAAUAAGCAGAAUGCUUUGUCGGGUUGGAUUUUAGGAUGGCAUAAGAUCAAAAGAUCUACAUUGUUUCAAGGGAGAUUCGAUACAAAUGAAAAUAGGGAUGAAAAAGUGAAAGAUAGAGAGGGAAAAGAAAAAGAAAAAAGAAUCAGUUCUAUGCUUAGAUUAAAAAGAAGGCAAUCCAUGUCCUGAAUGAUUGUGAUACCAAGUUUUCUUUAUGGAAAUAUAUAUAUAUAUAUGAUGAGGUUAUUACUGGCUUGUACUAGAUGCUUUUGUAACCAAGAGACAAGCAAAUGUUCAAAAAAGAAGAUGGAUAUUUGGAAUUAUAUAAUCCAUGAGAUUUCAUUGUAGACUGAGCUCUUAUGGAGUUUCUGACCAUUGUCCUUUUAGUUGAUGUAUUUAUUAUGGACAUUGCUUCGUAUGAUCCAUAACUUUUGAAAGAUACUCUGUGUUUUUAGAGGAUUUGGGUUUAGGAAGUGGUGGGAUCUCGAGAUCAUGUCACUCAUUCGUGAAAGAAAAUCAACCUGAAAGUCGUUCGAAUUUUUCAAGCAUUUAAAUCAAUAUUGUAUGGUAUUUUUGUACAUUUGAUACCAUAAUAUAUUUUAGAGCAUUUGAUGCCAUAAAGUAUUUUGAUGUAUUUUACUAGAAGGAGGGAUAUAGAGACAGGCAUUUCCUUCAUAAAUAUGCCACUAAUGGGUAAUAGAAGCAUAUUAACACAUAAAUAAACAGUUGGAAAAAUCUGCAUA